UGAAGAUAAUAAUUUUAUUUUGUUUGGUGUCUGUUUGCACCUCCAUUCCGACGUACUUCGAAAUGAAAAGUUAUGACACUUUACUUCGAAAAGCGAUAGGUAUACAAGAAUCGAAUACUCUCGAAGAACCUAGACACUUUUGGCCAAUAAAACAAGACGGUAAUAACAGUAAACAAAAUGUACAACUGAUUCCCGAAAUCGAACAGUGGACUGUCGAACAAAAAAUUGUUGACGACGUAGUAAACGAAUCGAUCGAACGAAAUAAAUCGAUUAAUCAGGAAGUGAGAUAUCGACAGAUAUUACUUAAUCGGAAAGCUCAAGUUAUUAUCAACGAUUUGAUUCGAAAACAAGCAUUUGUUAAUAGUCAAAUCGAACAAUCGAUUGAACAAAAACUCGUUAUUUCUAAAGUGUUAAUAACAGAACAAAGAUUCGUUUAUCGACAAGUGCAAUAUAUGCUUCGAGAAUUGGUACGACAAAAAACUUUCCUUAUCGAUAUAUUCCGUAGAUUAUUCGCUUCCGGUUCCGGUUCUCCCGAUUCCGAAUUAUUCAAUCAGCGCGGAAUCGUUUAUCGACAAGUACAACAAUUAAUCGAACAAGUAUUGGCGCAACAAAAUUGUCUUAGACGACAAAUUAAAGAUGGAAACGCCUCUCGACAAGAAUUAUUGGUAUACCAGAAAAUUACUUAUCGACAAGUAGAGUUGUACGUCCGGUCGUUGAUCGAGCAAUUGGUCGAACAACAAGAAUAUUUCCAAGAUCUGUUCCGGUUUUUCGUUCGACGGAAACAACCGAUUCCGCAAGAACUCGUUCCGGAACAAACUACGAUUUGUAUCGAGUUGACGCAAUUGAUUAGCAGCGCGGAUUUCGUUCCUCAAGAAUUGGUUGACAAAGAACAACGUCUUCAUCACGAAAUUAUACUUUUGCUUAAAGCAGCUUACGCUAUAUCGCAGAAGACCCCCCGCUACUAAAAAAAUAGAUCCGAUCGCCCACAAAAACUUUUUUUAAAUAAAUUUGUAUCUGAAAUAAAGUAUCUAUUGCAAGUU